UGUAGUAAAAAGACGUCUAAUCAUAAGUAUUUACUUUCAAAGUUGUGAAUAAUAUUUUACAAUUUAAUAAUUCAUAAAAUAUAAAGAUGAUUCCAAUUUACACAAUUCAGCAGACCCUCGUCAUAACAGGGAUUGCUUUAAGCUGUAUUUUAGAUGGAUUUAUAUUUGGACAAAUGUCAGGGAUGUUGGAAGCACUGCGAAGAUCUGAUACCUCCAUAUCAGUAACCCCUGACGACCUGUCAUGGAUGGCUGCAAGUAUUAAUAUAACAUGUUUUUGUGGCUUUGGAAUUGUUGCCUUAAUCACGGAACUUUUUGGGCGGAAGAAAGCUGUAUCGAUCGGAACCAUUCCUUUAAUUUUAUCUUGGAUUUUGACUUAUUUUUCAACACAUAGAACCACUUUAUACAUAUCUAGAAUUUUUGCUGGAAUAUCAUUUGGUUGUACCUUAUUCUUAAAUUACAUCAAUAUCGGUGAAUAUGUAUCUCCACAUAUUAGAUUUAUGACCACUAACAUGUUACUCUGUGUGACAUCACUAACUGGGACUAUGAUAGGGCAAGUUUUGAGCCUGGUUAUGGAGUGGAGAAACGUUGCACUCAUAGGUGUUAUCCCUUCAAUUUUGUCAGCUGUCAUCCCAUUUUUCUGGGUAGAAAGUCCUAUGUGGUUGGCAUCACAAGGAAGAUUUGAGGAGUGUGAGGUAGCAUUCAAUACACUACGUACGCCAUCUAAGGCAGCCGAAGAAGAGUUAAAACUUCUGCUUACAAUGGAAAAUAGUAAGAACAAAAAAUAUAAAAAGAAAACUUUCCUUCCUGUUCCUUUGAAAAAGAUACAGGACGCUCUGAAACAACCAUAUUUCUGGAAAUGUACCAUUUUGUCUUUUAUCAUGCACGUUUAUAAAGUUGUUGCUGGACGGAUGUUAUUUAACACUCUUGCAAUUUCCAUACUUCAAGACAUCACUGGAGGCGGGUCGGCUAAAAUCUUAUAUUAUACCUUGGUAACUAAUAGUUUUUCUGUAUUUGGAGCGAGCAUAUCUUUCAUAUUUUUAAAGAAUUUUAAAAUGAGACAACUUUUAAUACCCACGGGAAUUAUUGCAAAUUUUCUUUUGAUUACAUUUGGACUUGUACUUUAUCUUGUACCGGAUAAAAAUGACUACAUUAAUUGGAUUAAAAUAAUGCUCCUCGCUUCAUAUUUAGUUAUAGUAGCGGUUGGUCCAUAUCCAGUCUUAGAGGCAAUGUUAACUGAAAUAAAUCCACUGGAAAUCAAAACCUUUAACAUAGUUCUUAUGGGAAUUUUGGCCGGAAUUGUAAACUUCUUGGCAAUUAAAUUAGCACCGAGUAUGUUUCUUGUUAUUGGACACCAUGGAGUAUUCUUUUUAAAUGCUUUUAUUGCCUUUAUGUGUCUUGCAUAUUUUUGGUUCUUUUUGCCUGAAACUAAGGGGCGAACUUUGCAAGAAAUUGAACUGUAUUUUAAAACGAAUAGCUUUGAUAGUUCUAAGUUAGAAGAAGAUCAAACCAGAGAAUUAAUAAACGUCACUAAAGAGAGAAAUAUUCAAAAUCUUACCGAUGUAAUGUAAUUUAUCUUCUAAUAUACUCGCACACUUGUAUUAUAUCAAUUAUAUCUUCACGAAACUGUAUCAAAAACUGUUAUGAAAAUGAACCCAUCGUUUAAUAUAUUUUUGAGUUAUUACUUAAUAUUAUCAUGACGUCUCGAAAUAGUUGUAAAUAAAUAUUUAUUGCAUAUAAUGCGCCAAGAAUGUUAACUUAAAAAGUAAGUAAAGUUUAAAUUAGGUUUAUAAUAUAGAGAAGGUAACACACAACUUGAUAUUACUACUAAGUAAGGGGGUGUAAAGUCCGGGGUUCGAGACCAGGCGAGCGCGCAGGAAAUUAAUUGAUUUUUCAAUUCAUGUGCGCAUGUUAUAACAUCACCACUGCUCGAACGGUGAAGGAAAACAUCGUGAGGAAACCAAUAGUUUGACGACAUGUGACAUCCGCCAACCCGCACUUGGCUAGCGUGGUGGAUUAUGGCCUGUACCCUCAUAGGAGGCCCGUGUCCUAGCAGUGCGAACGUAUAUGGGAUGAUGAAGGGGAUGUUCUUAAACUCUCAGGCAAAGAGUUUUUUGGGGACUUUCUGACAAUGGCUGACUUUUUUAUUACGUGAAUUUUGCUGGGGAUAACCCCACAACAUUUUUAACCUCUAUCCGCUAGCGAGAUUUGUGAAAAACUCAUCGUCAACGAAAACUGUCAGCUUUACAUCACGAAAAUAUUGACCUGUUAAUUCAUAUUUAAUAUUAUCAUAUAAUUUAAUUUAAUUUUAUAUUUAUGAUAGAUAAGUUAGACCUAAUAAUAGUACGUACGGUUUAUUUUGUUUUUAGUUUUAGUAUUAGGUAACAUUAUUUGUAACUUUG